AUGUCGACGACCUCUCUUGAAGGCCUUGCGCAAGUACUCGGAGAGUCGGGGCUGAAGGUCCCAGGACCGAACUUCCCCGAUACCGACAUUCUCAACGACUUUCUUGACUUUACGCGCUGCUACCUGGCGGAAAUAGUGCAGAGCGUCGUUCAAUGCAGCGCAGAGCAAGCCUUUCACGCCAUCCAGCUACCUGCCACCGUCGAUCCCAUCUUUGGAGAUCUUAGCAUCGUCCUACCCAAAUUAGCUCGCGAGGUUGGAGCCGAGGCUGAGGCUCUGAGAGAGAGUAUCUUGAAGCAGUUUCCGAGCAACUCGUUGUUUCAGCAACCUGCUUCAGACGGCAAGCAGCUCAGAUUGUUUUACCACACCAAGACGCUGGCACAAAUUUUGCUCAAGUUCAUCCAUGAUCGCAAUGAGUUGUACGGAAUUCCCCUCGCCUCAAAGGUGAACAACGCCAAGGUUGUGAUUGAGUUUUCGUCUCCCAACAUCGUCACCGAAUUGAAUGGAAAACAUUUCCGCAGCACACUUAUUGGAGCCCAGUUGGCAAAGGCGUAUCAAGCACAUGGCUGGGAGGUCGUUAAGGUCAAUUAUCUUGGUGACUGGGGCAAACCCAUCGGCCUAUUGGGAGUUGGCUUUGAACGUUUCGGGUCAAAAGACCUCUUGGAAACCAACACCGUCGAGCACCUGCGUGACGUAUACAAUCAAAUUUCGAAGCUGUUCGAGCCAGAGCUCGCCGCAAGUAAGAAAGUUCGUGAUGAUGAGAAAGCUCGCGAAGAGAUUGAAGCCAGCGGAAUUUUUGCUCAGCGCAACUCAUACGUCAACCUUCUUGAAAGCGGCGAUGAAGCAGCCACUGCGCUUGCCAGAAAAUUUCGCGAGUCGUGCAUUGAAAGUUACAUUCAGAUCUAUGAUCGCCUUAAUGUGCAGUUCGACGAGUACCUGGGCGAAUCGCUGGUUAAGCAAGACACAAUGCAAGAGAUAGAAAAUACGCUGAAGGAGAAAGGCUUGGCUCAGGAGUCCCAGGGUUCAAUUGUCGUGAAUCUGCCAAAGUCAGGUGGAAAGAAUAGUGCGGUUGCAAUACGAGACCGCUGCGGAAGCAGUACAUACCUGCUCCGCGAUCUUGCUUCCGCUAUCGAACGACAUCGACAGUACAACUUCGACAAAAUGAUCUACGUGGUCUCGAACCACCAGCGUGAUCAUUUCCACAACAUGACCAAAAUCUUGGAGCUUCUUGAAAUGUGUGAGCUAGCCGGAAAACUCGAAUACGUUUGGUUCAACGAGAACUCUCAUCUGCCGGAACCUGCAGAGCCGGGUGACACGCUGGUUCAGGUGCUAGACAGAUGUGAGGAGGCAAUGGCAAAGUCGCUGGAGGCAAAUGGGAGAGAGCUGGCGCCCCUUCUGGCGCAGACCCCAACACCACGGUACCUGACCAUUUCGGCGUUGUAUGCACAAGCAAGUUCGGCCAAACGAGGCUCUGAACUGAAAUUCGAGAUUGACCGCUUGACGUCGGCUCAACCUGGCACAGCACUGCACCUUCUUAAUUGGAUUGCUCGACUGGCAGGUGUUCCAACGAGGGCAGACAGCCUUGCAGAUGAAGUCGUGGAAAAUGAACAAAAACUUGACGACGGCUACGCUGCUUUGCUGAGGUGGCCUGCUCUGUAUCCUAACAUCGUUCGGUCUUCAUUCCGAGCGUCCGAGCCGGCUAUUUUGAUCACGUAUCUCAGCGCCAUCACGGACCAGCUCUCUGAUAUUUUCGAAGACGACGAAGAAAUAACCGCGGAAAGCAUUCCCGAUCGUCAGCUUUUGGAGGCAGUGAGGAUCGUGUUGUCAAACGGCACCCGACAACUUGCGAUGUCAAGGUAA